AAAUCGCCGUGGGAAGGUGAUCUUUCCGGGAAAGUCUCCGUUUUGUUUCUCCUAAACAGCUCAAAGACUCGUCUCGUCUCCUCCUUGUAAAUGGCGACGACGGUUAUGUCCCUAGCAGAGAAAGUGCUCGAACGAGUCUACGGAACUUCCAAAUCCGCCGUUUACGUAGCAGGCGGCGAUAGCGAAAAGACUCACCGUCAUACCCAUCAUCACAUUCACCGUAGCAAAAGCUACGACGACAGCGACGAUGAUAUUUGUUACAGCGACGAGGAUGAAUCAUCAAUGGAGCUUGUCCAGAUCGGUGCCGAGAGGACAAAGAACGUCUUGAUCCUCAUGAGCGACACUGGAGGUGGUCACCGUGCUUCUGCUGAAGCCAUUCGCGACGCUUUCAAGAUCGAAUUCGGAGACAAAUACAGAAUAAUUGUGAAGGAUGUGUGGAAGGAAUACACAGGGUGGCCAUUGAAUGAUAUGGAGAGAUCAUAUAAGUUCAUGGUGAAGCAUGUUCAGCUAUGGAAAGUUGCUUUUCACAGCACAUCUCCCAAAUGGAUCCACUCUUGUUAUCUAGCAGCCAUUGCGGCCUAUUACGCUAAGGAAGUAGAGGCGGGUUUGAUGGAGUAUAAGCCUGAGAUAAUCAUUAGUGUUCAUCCUUUGAUGCAACAUAUUCCAUUGUGGGUUCUCAAAUGGCAAGAGUUACAAAAAAGAGUCCUUUUUGUUACCGUCAUUACUGAUCUCAACACUUGUCAUCCUACUUGGUUUCAUCCGGGGGUGAAUAGGUGCUAUUGCCCGUCUCAAGAAGUUGCGAAAAGGGCGUUGUUUGAUGGGCUCGAUGAGUCUCAAGUCCGUGUUUUUGGUUUACCUGUCAGGCCAUCUUUUGCACGAGCGGUUUUGGUGAAGGAUGAUCUAAGAAAGGAGCUUGAGAUGGAUCAAGGUCUUCGUGCGGUUCUACUGAUGGGAGGAGGGGAAGGUAUGGGUCCUGUGAAAGAAACAGCCAAAGCUCUUGAGGAAUUUUUGUAUGACAAAGAGAACAGGAAGCCUAUUGGGCAAAUGGUUGUUAUCUGUGGACGUAACAAGAAAUUGGUAUCUGCAUUAGAAGCCAUUGAAUGGAAGAUUCCUGUUAAGGUUCGAGGAUUCGAGACUCAAAUGGAGAAAUGGAUGGGAGCUUGUGACUGCAUCAUCACAAAAGCUGGACCGGGAACAAUCGCUGAAUCGCUGAUUCGAUCACUUCCUAUCAUCCUCAACGAUUACAUUCCUGGACAGGAGAAAGGGAAUGUGCCAUAUGUAGUGGAGAAUGGUGCAGGAGUGUUCACAAGAAGUCCCAAAGAGACAGCUAGAAUCGUUGGGGAAUGGUUUAGCACAAAGACAGAUGAGCUGGAGCAAACUUCAGACAACGCACGUAAACUAGCUCAGCCUGAGGCAGUCUUCGACAUUGUCAAAGACAUUGAUGAGCUCUCAGAACAACGAGGUCCUCUUGCUAAUGUCUCUUACACUCUUACCUCUUCUUUUGCCAGUUUAGUUUGAUGUCCGAUGUCUUAUAUUAACAUGUCUCCCUUAGUAGUUCUUUGUCUGUUACUUUUUCUUUUAUUUUUUUAAUUUGUUUAUUGAUUGAAGUUGUAUGUAUUAUUUUUAAGCAAAAGGUUCAUGAUGUUUUUGCAUUAUUGUUAGCCAUUACAACAAUUUUAAGAUUCAACAAGAGAUUCUUGUUCAUAUAGAAUCAAACAGAGAAGUAGAGAACUACAAGAAAUGGAAGCACAUAAU